CUUUUCUUCUUUCAUAUUUUAAUCAGAUCAGAGGUAUUUCUGUUAUCAAAGCUGCUGCACGUAGCCCCGCCCCCCUCCACUCACGGCUGCCCCCCAGCGGUCGGACUGCGGCUGCGCAGUGAACCUCGGUCAGUGCGCUCAGAACGCAGCAGCAGCUCGGACCGGAACGACGUCCCGACGCAGCUCCUUACCGAGCUCGGAUUUUCACUUUUUCCCGCCUGUGUGGACUUCUACUUUGGGUUUCGAACUCGCGCGCGGGCAUGAGGACGUCUCAGUAGCGCGAGCGGCGCCUUCCCUCCGUCCUCGCGGGACCUCUCGGGGCGUUCAGCGGGAAUAUACUGCGCGCAUCGCCGGGAGCCGCUUCCUCUCCGAUGAAAUACCCCCCCCCAGGGUCAGACCGAUUUAGUCCGCGGAUCGAGCUCAGUCAGGACUCCGAGAGGCGCCGUCCCGGUCCCGCGGGCCCCCCGCUGACCCCCUCGGACCCCCUCCGGCAGGCGAAGCGGCUUCCGAUCCGACUGAUCAAGAUGUUGACGGCGCACAGCGGACACUUGCUGCACCCGGAGUAUUUACAGCCGCUCACGUCCGCGCCCGUGAGCAUCGAGUUGGAUGCAAAGAAGAGUCCUCUGGCUCUGCUGGCUCAGACCUGCUCCCAGAUCGGGAAACCGGAUCCUCCGUGCUCCAAGCUCAGCUCCUCCUGCAGCCAGGGGGACAAGGAGUCCGCCAGCCGCUCGUCGGCCUCUGGCCUCAAACUGGGGGAGCACCGCCCCUCCCUGGACGAUAAAUCCAGCUUCAAGCCCUACAGCAAAGGCGGCGGCGAGUGUCGCAGUGUCGGCGGCAGCGAAAAAGCUGGUUUCAGGGUGACCAGCAGCAAUAACGCCACGACCAACGGGGGUUCUGGUCAGCCCCCGUGUCCGCCCCACGCGGCCUCCCCCGGCUGCAGGGGCGUAAGCACCCCCCCUGGACAGCAGCUUCACAAGCAGACUCACUCUCCUGCGGGCGCCGCCGGCUCCCAGGGUGGAGAUGCCGCACGCGAGCAGAGCAGUCCCGGCAGCCCGGGCAGCGGCGCCCCCCACCUAAAAAAGGACACCGAUGUCACCAAAGCAGCGUCGGACAGCCCGCAGCACGCCAACUCCAGCCACGCCCGCGCCAGCACCAACUGCAGCACCGGCAGCUCGGACGGUGGCUCCAACCCCGACAAGGCCGAGUCCGGUCAGCCCGGCCUCGGCGCCGGACACGCCACGCCCAUCUCCCCCUUCAAAUCCAGCCAGCAGCUCUUCCCACUGCCCCCCUCCACCAUGGGGUACCAGGGAGCCGUCAUGGGGGGGUACGCAGGCUACCAGUUCGCUCCGAGUUUGGACGCUUCCAAGUCGAGCCUGGGGGUGGGCGGCAUGGGCGGGAAACACCCCAACUCCAGCCCGCUGACAGGCGCCUCGCCCCCUUCCUUCAUGCAGGGCUUGUGCAGGGACCCUUACUGCCUAAGCUACCCCAGCAUGCCCCACCUCGGCGGCUGCAACUCCUGCAUCCACGACCCGUCUUCCACCCUCAAGAGCAGCUACCCCAUGGUGUACCCCUCCCACCCGCUCCACUCCCUCCACCAGGGCUCGCUGUCCUCCAGCGUGUCGUCUUCACUGUCCCACCCCCUCUACUCCUACGGCUUCAUGCUCCCCAACGACCCCCUGCCCCACGCCUGCAACUGGGUGUCCGCCGGGGGGCCGUGCGACAAGCGCUUCGCCACGUCGGACGAGCUCCUGGCCCACCUGCGGACCCACACGGCCCUGACGAUGGACAGCAAGCUGCUCUCCGUCUCCUCCUCUGGACCCGCCUCCUGCCACCUGCACCUCCCACACCAGAGCAGCUCAGGCUCCAUGCCUGGCUCUCUGUCCCUCAGGGGCCCCCCCAGCCUGGGCUUAGCUCGCUACCACCCCUACAGCAAAGUCCACCUCCCCUCCGGACACUCCCCCAUCUCCCUUCCGGGUCCGUACUACCCGCAUUACACCUUUUACAGCCAGAGACUGGGAUCUGCUUCGGCUCUGGGAUACCAGUGAGACUCCCCGUUCAGAGGAGCGCUUCCACGUAUGGGAUUUACGCCCCCCGGUUUGCUUUUCGGAAGAAGUCAGGGGUGUGAAAGGAUCGAUGACGCCCCACCCCCUCACCGCAAACACUAACAGGGACACUGCAGCUAGCUAGCUUUGCAUGAAGCGGAAGGAAGCGGGACUUGCUGCACACCAAAUUUCAGCUGGUGGAACCUCACGUCAUUUCCCCCAGAGCUCAGCCAUCGGAUCACCCGAUUUACGGGCAGAUUUUCACGGAUUUAGCUAAAGCCGCAAAUCAUUUAUUUGAUUGUGUCUCAUUGGACGGCGACUGUUGGCAAGAAGUUUUGACCAUCUGGUAUGACCAUAAAAACGUUUGCCCUUCUGUCUCAAAUAUGUCUCAGACCGUUCUCAGUUUAGUUUUUGUAAAAUAAAAAAAUUGAAACAAUUCACAAAAAUGUUCAAAUCCGGCGAAACUGAAUUGUGAUGAAGUGGAGGGAGAAAAAAUCAAACAUUUGGAAUUUCUCAGAUGUUUAGGGGAGACAUAUUUUUAAAUCUACACUGAGAGGUUUGUGUCACAUGUCUAAUGUGAUUCUAUGCUGCUUAUGUUAUUGCAAUCUGGCGUCUCCGACUUGCCGUAGAACUACCGACUAUGAAGACACGCCUUUCACCUUAUUUUUAAAACGUAAUAAAAUAGCCAAAUUAUUUUGCUGUUGUUGCUAUAACCAAACAAGCUUUUCACGCUACCACAUUCUUUUCCAUGUCGAUUAUUUGAAAAAAAAUACGGAUUCUAAAAAAAAUAAGAGAAAAAUAAAUAAACAAACACAUUUCUUUUUUUGUCCAUUUAUUUUUUUUACAGUCAAAAUGUUUUAUACCUGGCCCAAAAAUUGACAAAAAUCUGUCUGUUUAACCCGUCAACCCUGGAGUUUUCGCGUCCGUCUCCACUUUCUUUUCACCACCGUAACUCUUUAACCGUUCAUGCUAAUAACGUAAUCUCAGCGGAUUCUUACGCUGAUAUGCAACACAUUACAGUAGGGUGUUUACAUAAUCAGCAUAAAGCAGAUGGUUUUGUCGCGGAAUAGCGACACAGUAUGUCAAAGAUUAUGUGUUAUUAUGACGUCUCCGAUGACAUCUUAGAUGUUAAAGGGUUAAAAGCAGUUGAGGUUUUCGUGGUCCCUGUAGUCUGAUACUGGGGUCUAUGUAGCGUUGUAGACGAAAAACAUGUCGAUGAAGGUUCUCGUUUAUCCAGAUGACGUCUUUACGUUGAGUCAAAGCACAAGAAAGACGAUUUCUCGUCAAGAUGCUAUGACUCAACUUCUAGUAGACGACACGGUGGACUCACCGACAGAUAAUCAGAACCGAAUUUUAUUUUACCUCUCAAUAAGAUGAUAUUUAUCUCUAGAUUUAGAACUCUCUGAAAGGAAACAAACAAAUUUAACAAACUAUCCUGUACCACUGCAACAACCAAAGUUUGAAAUGUCGCUAACGUGAAGGACCCAAAAAUAAAUGGACCAGAAAAAGCAGAAAUGGUGACAAAAAUCAGUAAAAGUCUCGUAGAUAAAAAUGGUGAAGAGGCUAGCUUGACUAGCUAGUUUUCUUUUGUAGUCAGUUUAUUGUAGCUGUGUUGUGUUUCUAGGCGCUAUGAUCGGAAAAAGGUUGCUUCAAAUUUUGAAACUCUUCAAGAAAGUUGAUUUUAAUGUCCAGAUGCCAGGACUCAACAGUUUACACACCAACAGAGAUGAUCAAAAUGAAUUUUACUGGUUGAUGACAAGUGAAAUUUAUAUUUUCAUUAAAAACUUCAACUUAAAAAAAAAUAGUUUGUAAAAUCAUGAAGCGGCGACCACAGCCAAGCACCCUUGUAAUUACAAAAGUUUAAGCGACGGUUUUGAAUUCCAUUUCCUGUUGCUAACGUGAAGACCUCCCUGCACUGACCCAAGAAUAAACAGUUCGUAGCACAAACUUAAAAAAGCUGGAAUGGUGACAAAAAACGUUAAAAAUCUUGUAGUGAAGGCGCUAGCUCGGCUAACUAGUCGAUUUAUUGGGACUAAAUUUUGUUUGGUCAGAAAAAGAAAAGCAUCCUGCAUAUGUAGAUAUACAAACACUCUGUUAGCCUUCUGGUUAAAUGCCAAAUAACAUCUAAAAGUGUUGACCAUAAAUUUAAAAUGUCCUAAUUUCAGAUGGGAAAAAUGCAUCAACGGGGAUCUGAGCAAUAAAGAAAACUUACGAUAACCCGUCUCUACCACAGGACCAAUGAGCACAAUCCAAAAACUAUGAUUUGUGGCCUUUUUUCUGCUUCUGUGUUUUUGUUUUUUCUUCGUCUUCAUCGAGGUUUUGGGUCCGGCCCACGCCAUGCGCUCCACUGAAAACUGACGGCCGCGAGGUCAAAGUUCAAACUUGGCUUUGCAAAUGUCGAAUUAUUGCACCAGAAAAACAAAAGUCCUGCCUUGUUUCCCACAUGUUUGGUUCCUUUUUCUCCUGAAGUGUACUUAUUUGACUUCCAUCACGUCCUCCCAGGGGCAGACAAGCGCUGAAAACGUGUCUUAACACUUCUUCAAAGAUUGAAUGUUGGAAUCACAUCUUGCUCUUGGCUUUUUUUUUGUUAUUUUCUCCGCAGGUUGUCGAAGCGCAGAUGUGAUAUUUUUUGUAAUAUUGGGGCCGGUGACAGAGGGUGGUAGGGGUCAUAUUUUGGUAAAUAAAUCACACUGAAGAUGUGC